AUGCAAGAUGGUGCAGCUAGAAUGCUGCAAGUGCAUCUGACCACGCCAAGCCUAGCAUCCAAAUUGUCAGAGACAGAAAAGCGAGUAUUCGAAAAUGCGUUUCGGCAUUUGACGUCUCGAGAUCCCAAGUUUGCAUGGACCAGCGGACAGUGGAUGACCGAAAGGCCCGGUGGAAGCGACGUAUCGUUGACUGAGACAACAGCCGUCUAUCAGCCCAACGAGACCACGGCAAUGGCAUCCAAAGAAGAGGGCAUUCCGCUGGGCCCAUGGAGCAUUAACGGGUUCAAGUGGUUUUCGUCUGCCACUGAUUCCGACAUGACGAUUCUGCUUGCACGAACUCCGGCCGGCAAACUCUCUACUUUUCUUGCGCCACUUCGAAAGCAUGAUCCCAAUGCCCUAAGCGAAUCUGGAAAUCCGGAUCCAAAUGGCCAGUGCCUCAACGGUGUGCGCAUCUCACGUCUUAAGAAUAAGCUCGGGACCCAGUCUCUCCCCACAGCAGAGCUCGUCCUCGAGGACAUGCGCGGGUGGAUCAUCGGGGAGGAGAAUCGCGGCAUCCAAGAAAUUUCCGUGCUGCUGCACUUGACACGGAUACACUCCACCAGCCAAGCUGUCGGAUACUUGGGCCGUGGCCUAGCAGUUGCGCGAGCGUUUGCGCGGGCCAGACAAGUCGGAGCUGGAAGAGGCGCCAGAAUGCGACUGACCGACAGCUCCCUGCAUAUGAAGACUUUGGCACGGAUGACUGCCGAGUACAGACGGAUAAUGCUUCUGCAUAUGUUUGCUGUUUAUAUCCUUGGACUGUCUGAGCAUCCGAUGGAAAUGGCCACGGAUAUAGCGCCGGCGCUCAAGGCACUGACGCCUCCACCAAAGGACCUCUUACCGCUUUUGAGGGUCCUCUCCACGCUCACAAAGGCAUAUGUCUGCAACUCAGCCCUGAGAUUGUUGUAUUCGUGCAUGGAGUCGAUUGGCGGCGUGGGCUAUCUGUUGAAUGAAGAACAAGAGUAUCUAAACGUUGCGCGGCUCUACAGAGAUUGUGCCGUGCUGCCGAUCUGGGAGGGAACAACCGAUUUGCUCAGCACUGACUUUAUUAGGGCACUCAAGCGUCCCGAAUCUGGAGUAUUGUCGCUUGACGCCUUGGACCGCAUCAUCAAACAAGCGUUUUCGUUAAAUGGAGACGCCUCUCAUCAUCGAGAAGUGAUGGAAAGGUGGGACAAAGAGAGAACCCGCAUCACCAAGGAAUCCCAGGCCGACCUUGUCGGCAAGGGCAGAGACAUUAUGUUCUCCGUGACGGAAGUUUUGAUGGCAGCUCUGCUGCAUGUUGACGCCAACAACGAUGGCGAUAUCGCUGAGCAAGAGAUUUUGCAGCGCUACUUGGAGGACAAGUUUUCUGCAAAAGAGAGAUCCGCAAUAACGACAAGGGAAGAGUUGGAAAGGGACUAUGCAAUUGUUUAUGGGCAAGAAAGGUCGAAGACGGGUUCCAAUCUGUAA